AAAAAUCGCAGAAGAGGUGAAGGACGAAUAUUUAUCCGGCUCGGGCUUUGUUUACUGAAUAGUCACGCAUCAAUUGUUCGACUUCAAGAUGGAAACACGCUGGAUUUUGGGUCUGUGUAUUUUGUUGGUCGCAAAGUCAGGGUGUACAGUCGAAACAGUAACUCUCACGGAUAGUGAGUGCGGUAACACUUACAUGAUGACAGAUUCCACCCGUUAUCUGGAGUGGGACGGGACACACAUCGGUCGGGACUCUUUCCUGAAUCUCUGGGACGGAUCUGUCACCUCUAAAGACUCCGGGAGCUGUAAAGUCAGUUUUGAGCCCGGUGGCACUUCCAGUCUCAAAGUGUGUAUCACUGUUGAGGAGUUCCAUAUUGAGGACUGUAAUACGACUGUUAAUUAUUACCAUCAUGAUGACUUUAAAAGAAAAGCGACAUACGGAUGUAACACAACUCCAACCUCAUUCUGUUGGGAAGGGAAUGGUGUGGAGGUAGAAAUAGCCUACAAAGGGAAAUCUCCACCGGGGUCUUCGAACUACUUCAAACUGAAAAUAACUCAAUAUGAAAAAGAAGACUGGCUUACUCUGAUCAUCCUGGCUCCUUUUGUCGGAGUCACCAUUAUCGUGGCCAUAAUUAUGGUGGUCGUCUGUCGUAGGAAGAGGUCAAAGGGCGUGGUGUUCCGGAAUUCCGAAAUUCCUCAUUCCCGGCUCGUCAACGAACCAGCAGACCCAACUCAGCCCAGCCUUGGAUAUAACUCCGCCUAUCCCAUGAACCAACCGGCCACAAGAGAGUUCACGGUGACCGUUCCGGUCGCUGUGAACGUCGGGUAAUUAGCUUGCUCUUAAGACAGAAAGGCAACAUUUUUGUACAGCUGUUGAAUGCUGGAGAGAGAGAGAGAGAGAGAGAGAGAGAGAGAGAGAGAGAGAGAGAGAGAGAGAGUGAGAGUGUGUUUAUAUUAACAUUUUGAUGCUGUUUGCAUUAAGCACAUAUUGUAUCGUCUAAGGUCAUUCAGCUUAAACAAUAUUUCUCACAUCGGCUCUAGGACACAGUUCGUUAUUCAUUUUUUUUUCAUAUUUGGGGCCUGAAAUUUUCAGGGUCAUCUACUAAUGGUAUACCACUACCACCGUGAAAAUGUUUUUCAUGAAGACUUUCUGAAUCAAUGCACAUGGUCUUUUAGUUCGGGAGAGUUUAUUUUCAUUUUUUUUAACCGGAGAGGGGGAGGGGGUUAUUAUUGAAAUUGUUAUAUGCUUUUUAUCAUAAAAUGAAAUAACAUUUAUAGAAAUUUAUUGUUUUCAAUGAAGUGCUGUAUAUAAAUUUGGUUGUGUAUAUUUUAUCGCAUUUUUUUAUUAACCAUUAUAGUCUAAAUUGAGAUUGAUUUAUACCGGAAAUUGAACAUCAUUAAAGUAAUGUAGAAAAAAAUAGCUUACAAGUUUGGGAUUUUAUCGCUUCAUUUUCGUAUUUAACAGACAGUGAGCAAAUGACAAUUCAAACAAAAGUUGCUUUACAAAUUUUGUUUCAAGAAUUCAAGCGAUGUGUUUCAGGUUGUGGGAAAAUGAUUGCAAAUUGAAAGGCAUUAAAAUAUUUAACCAUUGUAUUUUUCGAAGGAGGCUGUACAUCUAACUAAGGAGAUAGAUGUUUGCAUUAUUAUAGGGUAAUGUGCCAUAAGUAUCAUCAAUUUAUGAUGUAUUAUUUUCCUUACUUUGUAUCUGUAUUGUUUCCCUUUGUAUCUGUUGCAUGUACCUGUUCUUCAAACAAAUUGAAACACUCUGUAUGUGUAUUAAGUAUUUUUUUGUUGUUGCAAAGUUGGUGCAAACGAGCUUGUUUACACAGCUGAUGGUGCAUUGAUUUAGAUGUUACAAAUUGAAUUGUGUACUCCUACUUGGUCAUUGAAUCUCACAUGUGCUCCACAUAUGUAUUUAGACUAAUAAAUAUUGUUGAAUAUUGCUAACAGUGAAAUAAUUUUUCAAUAAAAAAUUGAAAGCUGACAUAAAAAGUUUGCCACUUACAUCUCA